GCCACGCCUUUGCUCCGUGCCGGCCAAAACGUACCCUUGUGACUACACCCGCUUCGCUUCCUCCCCUCUCUAAGCCGGGGAAGCUAAGCCAUGGCGUCCGUCACCGCCCGCACCCCGGUCGCAGCCCUCCGCUCGUCGGCGUCGCUCAAGUCUACCUUCCUAGGGCAAUCCUCCACCCGCCUCGCCCGCGCACCGACUACGAGGCGUAAUGUUCGGGCGGAGGCCAAGGGAGAGUGGCUCCCCGGCCUCCCUUCUCCCACCUACCUCAACGGCAGCUUGCCAGGCGAUAACGGGUUCGACCCGUUGGGUCUGGCGGAGGACCCGGAGAACCUGCGGUGGUUCGUGCAGGCGGAGCUGGUGAACGGGCGGUGGGCGAUGCUGGGGGUGGCCGGGAUGCUGCUGCCUGAGGUGCUGACGAAGAUCGGGUUGAUCGACGCGCCGCAGUGGUACGACGCCGGCAAGGCCACCUACUUCGCGUCGUCGUCGACGCUGUUCGUCAUCGAGUUCAUCCUGUUCCACUACGUGGAGAUCCGGCGGUGGCAGGACAUCAAGAACCCUGGCUGCGUCAACCAGGACCCCAUCUUCAAGAGCUACAGCCUCCCGCCGCACGAGUGCGGCUACCCCGGCAGCGUCUUCAACCCCCUCAACUUCGAGCCCACCCUCGAGGCCAAGGAGAAGGAGCUCGCCAACGGGAGGCUGGCGAUGCUGGCGUUCUUGGGGUUCCUGGUGCAGCACAACGUGACGCAGAAGGGGCCCUUCGACAACCUGCUGCAGCACCUGUCUGACCCGUGGCACAACACCAUCAUCCAGACGCUGUCAGGCUGAGCGUGUGAUCGAUUUCAUCAGGGCCAGGGCAUCUCAAGGAGCUUGAUGAGUUCAGGCUGGUGAAACCGAUGAUUGGGCGAUGGAAGAUGUUCUCUUCUUGUUUCUUCUUUUUUUUUUUGUGGAGUAUGCAUGUAUAAGAUGUUAAUGAAUUGGGGGGAGGAGAGAGAGAGAGAUGGAUGUGAUGAGAUUCAGACUUACUGUGUGUGUUGUGGUAAUUGUUUCCUGCAUGCAUGGAUCUGGAUGCAUGGGUGAGGGGGUGAGUUGAGUGGUGAAUUUCUGAUGUACAGUACUACAGGGGGAUAAACUAUCUCAUGGUAGCAGCAGUGUUCUAGCUAUCUCAUGGUCUCGAUCUUAAUUAUGGUGGAUAAACUACGCUUAAUUGCUUGUCAA